ACAUUAGUUUCGCAGAUCCCUUUUAGAUCGUGGAAGGAGUGGAACGUACUUUUCGUUAAUUCUGCUCUUCAAAAUACUGAUUUAUUCAAGAAUAUCAACCUAUUUUCAAAUUAAAAGUACUACAUAUCUGCAUGAAAAUGGCAUAUCGUGAUCGCGAACGUGGUGACAGAAGAGGAGGUGGAGCACGCGGAGGUGGUCGUUUUGGUGGUCGGGAUGGAAGUAGUGGAGGUAGUAGAUUUGGUAGCAGUUCCAAUAGAGAUAAUAGUUUUGGAAACAAUAACUUUAAAAAUCGUCAACCUGGUGAACGUCUUCGUAAACCAAGAUGGGAUAUGAAUACAUUACAGCCAUUUAGAAAAGAUUUUUAUCAGCCGCAUCCUAAUGUAUCCACCCGAACUACACAUGCAGUUGAAGCUUAUCGUUCGGAUAAAGAGAUUACUGUAAAAGGAACAAACGUGCCAAGUCCGAAUAUAUUCUUUGAAGAAGGUGGAUUUCCAGAAUAUGUUUUAAAUGAAAUUCGCAGACAAGGUUUCGGAGAGCCAACCGCAAUUCAAGCACAAGGUUGGCCUAUUGCUUUGUCUGGCCGUGAUAUGGUUGGAAUUGCUCAGACAGGGUCUGGCAAAACAUUAGCAUACAUUUUACCAGCCAUUGUACAUAUAAAUCAGCAACCUAGAUUAAAUCGUGGCGAUGGACCUAUAGCUCUUAUUUUAGCACCGACGAGAGAACUUGCACAGCAAAUUCAACAAGUUGCAUCAGACUUUGGUGUUUCGUCUCAAGUGAGAAACACGUGUAUCUUCGGUGGAGCUCCAAAAGGUCCUCAAGCUAGGGAUUUAGAGCGAGGUGUUGAAAUUUGUAUAGCAACACCAGGACGUCUUAUUGACUUCCUAGAACGUGGUACAACGAAUUUACGUAGAUGUACAUAUUUAGUACUAGACGAAGCCGAUAGAAUGCUUGACAUGGGCUUCGAGCCCCAAAUUAGGAAAAUUGUAGAACAAAUCAGACCCGAUAGACAAACUCUUAUGUGGUCAGCGACGUGGCCAAAAGAAGUUCGUAACCUUGCGGAAGAAUUUUUAACUGACUAUAUACAAAUUAACAUUGGUUCUCUGCAAUUAGCAGCUAAUCAUAACAUUCUUCAAAUUGUCGACGUGUGCGAAGAGUUUGAGAAAGAGGGUAAACUUAUGAAACUUUUGGAAGAAAUUUCAAACGAGCCAGAAAAUAAGACAAUUAUUUUUGUUGAAACCAAGAGGAAAGUGGACGAUAUAACGCGUGCAAUUAAUAGGUACGGAUGGCAAGCAAUUGGCAUCCAUGGAGAUAAAAGUCAACAAGAAAGAGAUUAUGUAUUAAAUCAAUUCCGGAAUAGCAGAUCUGCCAUUUUAGUAGCUACGGAUGUUGCAGCGAGAGGAUUAGAUGUGGAGGAUGUUAAGUUUGUGAUAAAUUUGGAUUAUCCGUCCAAUUCUGAAGACUAUGUGCAUCGUAUCGGACGUACGGGACGUUCACAGCGUACAGGAACCGCGUACGCAUUUUUCACACCUGGUAACGCACAUAAGGCUGGUGACUUAAUUCAAGUUCUGGAAGAAGCAAAACAAGUUGUGAAUCCUAAACUAUACGAAUUAUCAAGGAAUCCAGGCGUUUAUAAAAGAGGUCGUUAUGGUGGACGUAGUGGAGGUGGUAGUGGACGUGGUUCCGGAGGUCGUGGUGGAGGUUCUCGAGGUUCUCGAGGAGGCCGCGAUGGAGACAGAGGUGGACGGUUUGAUCGUUCGAACGGAGGCGGAGACCGAGGAAAUAAAUGGAAUGGAAAUAAUAGCAGUUUAGCUUCAAAUAAAAAUUGUGGUAUAGGAGGAAGCAAUUACGGUAGUAAAACUUUCUCACAAAAUAGUUAUGGUGGAGCUUCUGGUGGUGGCUCCAGCAGUUACAGUCAGAAUGGCAGUGGGUAUGGAGGAAGUGGGGGAGGAGGUGGUGGAAGUAGUUAUAGGCAACAAAAUGGUUAUUAAUUUAAAAACAAUUAAUUUUAAAUGAAAGUUUUAUGUAAUAUAGUGAAAAAAAGAAAAGAAACAGAAGAAGCAAUGUCUUAUUUGAAAUAGAACAUUUUCAAUAUAACAUGCUUCUUAUUUGAAUACAAAGUAAAAUACAUGUGGUAUUAUUGCCGAUAAUUGAUCAUAUUAACAAUUUCGGUUAUGUCGAUUCAAGGACAUUCAUAAGCAUUCUCUUUUUUUUUAGUGAAAAAAGAAAAUAUAUAUGUAUAAGUGUAACAGUAGGUAGAUUAUUAUUAAUGACAACUUCUCAUUUAUGAUUCUUGCAACUGCAACUGUUUAUUCGCUCAAAACAGAAUUUAUUGUUUAUCGGUCUCAUAAAACUUACGAUUUAUUUUGUAUACAUCAAAGAAGAAGAAAUUUUAUUUUGCAAGAUCCAACAGCAAUGCCAGUUGGUAUUUGCUCCUUAAAGUAAAUCACCUUUAAGAAGCAAAAAGUUAUAUUAACUUGAAAAAUAAUUUAUAAUAAAUUGUUUUGUAAUAGAAAUUUAUUAAGUUGUAAGUGCAUGAAUCAUUAUUUAAAAACGUACAAUACAUUGCACUGUAUUAAACUUAAGAGGGUAUGGACACCCAGCGUAUUGUAGUAUUAAAAAUUUAAUAAAAUAGUAUAAGUAUGGAACCUAAAUAAUUGUAUACAAAAUUUCAUUACCAUAAUUUGCUUUUCUUCCGAGGAAAGUAAAUUGAAUCAUUAAAAUUCAUAAUCCGACUUAAAAAUAUUUCAAAUUACAAAUUCGUAUAUAAGUAGCAUAUUAACAUUGUGAUCUCAUUACAGAAAUGGUAAAUUACAUUUUAUUCGUUGAAAUAAUAUUGUCAUAUGAUUAUUUGGGACUUUAGUUGUCUAACGUUUUGAUCGCCGGCAAAAUAUACAUUAUGAUGAUCGAUACUGAUACGAGUAAUCAGUGCUAUUCUUCAAAAAGAGAUACCUUUCUCAUUCAUUGGUUGAAGUGGUUAUCAGAAGUCAUGCGAUCAGGUCAGAGUUUAUUGAUUCAUUCCAACAUAUAUAAAUGUUCUGUACAGUUACAAUUUUGCGAUAUUACUAGACCUGUUAGAACUGGCGAUUAUGCGUGCCUGAUUGAUUGCUUUUUGCACUAGUAGAAUUCUCAUUGUAACAUCAUCAUUUCUUUUUAUAGUAUUUAACGUACAAUAUAUUAAUGUGUAUAUUUCAGUGUUCCAUAAUAUUGCGUGAAUAUAUUUUUCGAUGUCGGUUAAAUAAAUGGAAAAAACUGUUAAAUCGAAAUUCUAGACAGAAAAUAUUAAUGUCUUGUCGAUGAUUAAAUUUUGUAGAUCUGAAAUCAUCAUAAUAUUUUUAUAUUGUACAAUGUUGUCCAAUAAAUAACGGAAGUAUUCCAUCUUCAUUAUAACAAUACUAUAAUUGUAUCAUUGCGUAUUAUUAUUCCAUGCUUAGUGUAUUUUCAUUCGAUUUUAUGUUUAAUUAUAAAAUGAAACCUGUGAAAUGUAUCAUACUACUUAUAACAAGUAGUUAUAAGUGAAAACAGUUCAAUCUUUUUAUGAAAUGAGGUACUUAAUUUUUAGGUAACAAGUUGCACAUAUAACUGUACAUUAUUUCACACAGUCAAUAUACAAAUGUAACUGUAAA